AUGGCUAAGCAAAAGCAAAAGAACAAGACCAACGACAACCAAAACCAAAAACAAGAAACCAACGAAACCAAAAACAACAACAACAACAAAAAGGAAGAUGAAACAAAACCAACAACAGUCAUUCUGAAAGUCGACAUGCAUUGCGAUGGUUGCGCUUCCAAGAUCGUCAAAUGCAUUCGUGGUUUCGAAGGCUUUGAGAAAAUGAACGUUGAUAAAGAAAGUGGAAAAUUCACCAUUAAUGGAACCGUAGACGCCGCGAAACUCAGAGACAAACUUGCUAGUAAGACCAAGAAGAAAGUUGAUCUCAUUUCUCCUGUUCUCAAAAAUGACAAAGAAAACAAAGACAACAAAAACAAACCAGAAGACAAAAAACCUAAAGAGCCUCCGGUGACGACGGCGGUUUUGAAAAUGGAACUGCAUUGUCAAGGAUGUAUUGAGAAGAUUUGGAAAACGGUUUCAAAGACAGAAGGUGUUUAUGAUGUGAAAAUAGAUAAGGAGAAAGAGACGGUGACAGUGAAAGGAACUAUGGAUGUGAAAGUGAUGGUGGAGAAAAUGAAGAAGAAGUUUAAGAGGAAGGUCGAGGUGGUCCCGGCGAAGAAGGAGAAUGAGAAAGAGAAGGAGAAGAACAAAGGAGAGAAUGAUGGAGGGAAGAAGAAUAAGGGGAAAGGGGAAGGUGGAAAUAACAAGGUUGAUGAGAAUGAUGGAAAGGGGAAAAUGGAGGGUAUGGCGAAUUCGAAUGGAUAUGGUUAUGGAUAUGGAUAUGGAUGUUUGGGAUUUGAUUAUGGUUAUAAUAAUAAUAAUGGAGAAGGUGGAAUGAUGCAGGUGCAUGCUCCUCAGAUGUUUAGUGAUGAAAAUCCUAAUGCUUGUUGUGUUAUGUGA